AGCCUUAAAUAAUGAAUCCAAUAGAUUUAAUAUUAACAUAUACUUCAUUCAGGAACGUAUUUAGAAAGUAGAAAAUUUUGUAUACGUAUUAAAGCAACAUUGAUUAGCUAUUAUAAUAAUUUUUUAAAAUUUAAUAAACCUGCGUGUUUCGCAGACUGCUAUAGUAAAACGCGCCCUUUCAAAAUUUCACUACUACAUAUAUUCUGCAAACUUUGUAAUCACGCACAAGUGUUCACCUUAUUAGAAUGUAUAAUGGUAGAUAAUAUCAUACCAAGGCAGGAAUGUUUAUUAAAUAUAUUUUGUGAUAAAAAUAUCUGAAUUAUUAAAGUGCAUAUAAGACGAAGAACAAAAAAUGAAGCACCUAAUAUUGGAUUGCUACGUUUACUGUUGGCAGUGAAUUUCAGGGAUUAUAACCAAACUUUUUAAUGAAUAUAGUGGAUAUUAUCAACAAUAUGAUGAAUCGUAUAGAUAUUAUAACUGUGCGAUAACAUUUGUAUUACGCAGUAAUGUUUUAAGGUAUACAUAAUUCUUGAUCAUCAUGAAAUUUAAUGAGAAAGAACUGGCAAAGGCAAGUAGUGGCCCCGCUGAUCUGGAAGGUCGUUUAAAUCAUAAACGAGCGCACAAAUCAGGAUUUAAAGAAAAAUGGUUUAAAUUAAGAUACAACUUGCUAUUUUAUUUUAAUAUCAACGAGUUAGGACAAAUUGACACAAAGCAACCUGCUGGAGUAAUUGUUUUAGAAAACUAUAGUAUUAAUAUUGACAGUGCAACAGAAGGAGUAUUUGCAUUCAGUAUAGCAUUUCGUGAUGAACAUGACAAGAGACAUGUAUUGAGUGGACGUUCGGAAUCUCAAGUAGAACAAUGGGUGAAUGCAUUAAAGCAAGCCAGUUAUGAAUAUUUGAGAUCACGGUUGAUAGUGCUUCAAGAAAAAUUAUGCAAAAAAACUGGAAAAGAUCCCUUGCUUAUGUAUCCGAGGAAUCAAGGUAUCAUUAGAGAUGAAGCAUGGGAGUCUGCAUCAAGUUUCCGAUCUCAUGUACGUUCCUUUACAACUUCAGUUGUAACAUCGACAGCAAUAAAUACAGUAACAAAAGAAGUAAAUUUAAUUGAGUUUUAAGUUAAAUAAGUAAUUUAUGUAAAUUUUUUAUUCAAUCACAAAACUGGAAUUUUAUUUAGCUAUAUAAAUAUGUUAUGAAAGUA